GCUACUCAACCCUGGGCAAGCAGACCACUAGACGUCGAGCGAGAUACGCGAGAGUUGAUAAAAUUCCUCAUUCCACAAAGGUUUCUAUGUAGUUUCAAAACAUCAGAAUACAUCGUUAGUACUUACUCAAUACGUAUUCAUUUACAAUCAAAGUGAUUUUAAAGUUUUUCUUCAAAUAGUAUUUCACAUAGCUUUUAAAACGUCGACUAUUGUUCAGAUUCAACCCGAUAAGAAAGAAAAACAAUAUACGAUUCGGGGAAAUCCCUAAAAAGGAGCAAGGAUAUAAGAUACGUGUAAGAGGUGUAGAAUAGAUACUUAUGACUCAUGUAGUUCAAUUCAAACAAAAGAAGAAAUAUUUGUUAUCUACGGACAGAAUUUUCAAAUUAGAAAUAUUUCUAGCACACUUGGAACAUUAAGAUUUGGAUUUUCAUUAUGCAUCGCAAUAAAAACACUUGCGGUAGAGUAAACGCUCCCUCCGGAUAUGGUUAUUUCGCACGGGCAAUGUUUCCCUCUAAUGCUUUGAAUUUUCCUGCAACGCAUCGAGACAUUGACUAUAAUAGAAGCAACGGUUAUAAUGAAAUUUUUUUCGCUGUUCAUCAAGGAAAAUUAAAUCUCGCUCACAAGUUAUUGAAGGAUGAUGAUAUUGAAAAGGAAUGUUGCGGUAGAAGAUUAAUCCACGUUGCAGCAGCUAGAGGUCACGAAAAAAUUGUAUGUUUACUUUGUCAACGCAACGCUCGAAUUGACAGAGGAGAUCAGGACGGAAAUACGCCACUGCAUCUCGCAAUAAAGGCGAAACACACCGAUGUGGUUUAUCUACUUGUGGAAAAGAAUACCGUAAAUUUGUUGAAUUACAUUAAGAAAGCGCCACUCCACAUGGCCGUAGCAAACAGUAACAAUCAGGUUGUAGAGGUACUUUUGUCAAGUGGUGCUAAUCCGAAUGAACCAGACGCAAUUGGCGAUACACCACUUCACGCUGCUGUGUCAAUGGGGAGACCCAACUUGAAAAUAAUUACUCUUCUCAUGGAUCACGAGGCAGAUGGAAAUCUACUUUCCGAUGCGCUGUUCACCCCCCUCUAUCUCGCAGUUGCUUCAGGACAUAUUCAAGUAGUUAAAAUUCUUGUCAAGUACGACGCUCGAAUUGAUAUGAUUAAUAAAGGCGAAAUAUCGCCACUCGUCCUGGCAAUUAAGGAAAGUAGGACAGAAAUGGUACGAGAACUUUUAACCAGCAAACAUCAUGAAUAUUCCGAGAUGACAGCACUUCAUAAUGCUGCAGAAGGCGGUAAACUGGAAAUCGUCAAAUUAUUAAUGACUAACGGAUAUAAUAAAGUCAAUUCCAAGAAUGAACUUUUUCAGACUCCUCUCUACUUGGCAGUAAGCAAAGGCCAUUUGGAAGUGGUAAAAUACCUGCUGGACAAUGGAGCGAAACUAGAAAUAGCAACUGAUAAUGUCCAAGGAAAAUCCCUUCUCCAUUUGUGCGCCACGAAAGGUCAGAUAGAAAUAUUGAAGUGUUUAAUUGAACACGGUGCAACGAUUGACAAGGAAACGUUUCAACGCGAAACGCCACUCCAUUUUGCUAUUUCUGAAAGUCACGUGAAUGUUGUCAAGUAUUUAUUGGAAUGCGGCGCGAAUGUUCGAGCGAAAACACUGAAUAAUGAAACUCCGCUUCAUUUAGCUGUUAAAGCAGGCAACGAGGAAAUUGUAACGGAAAUUUUAAAUCGUGGUGUAACUUUACAUUCACUGGACGACUUGAAUUGUUCAGCUCUUACAUAUGCUGUGAAAUCUCGAAAGAAUAAAAUAGUGAAAUUGUUCAUUGAUAAAGGCCACAGAGAUUCAAGUACUGUAUAUGAUGAACGAGCUAUUUAUAUUGCUGCAAAAAAUGGAGAUACGGAAAUUUUAAAACUACUAUUAGAUGCCGGAUGUUCAUUGGACACUAUUUGCAAGGAGAAAAAACCCAUUCACGUAGCUGCCAUUUUCGGUACUGUUCCAUUAAUCGAGCUACUAAUUAAGAGAGGUGCCGAUGUUAAUUCAAAAAAAAGAUUCGGGGAAACGCCGUUACAUCUUGCAGCCGCAUCAGGACGAACAUCAAUGGUAAAAUUUCUUUUAAAUGCUGGUGCAAGUCUUACAUUAAAAACUGAAUCAGGUUUAACAGCAUUGGAUUACGCAUUGGAUAGAGAGAGACACCAACUUAUUAGGCAAAAACGUUCUACUGUAGCUGAAACUGAAAACUCUGCUUGGUCUCUUCAGCCAAACAUGUUCGAAAGGUAUCUCGAUAUAACGGAAAUGAUAUUACUUAAACAAGCUUCAAUUCCCGAAACACUUUUCUCAUUUUCUGUGAGUCGGUUAAUUCUUGCUUUUAAGAUGAGAGUAACGAAGGAAUCUAAAAUAGAAUUUGAAAGUAAACCGAAAGGAAGUAAACCGAAAGGAAGUAUUUCAAAUGUUAAAUUUCAGCCUGAAAUCGUCCAAUGUAUUCUUAAUUAUUCAAGAGAAAGUAUAUCUACUCAUUCCUUAAAUACUAUUUUGAAAAAUGCAGUUGAACAAAAUUCGUCUGGAGUAUUAAAAUGUCUUUUAGAGUACGAUAUUAUAAAAACGUUCAGUGAUAUUGAAAUAAAUUGUUCACAGUGUGAUAUUGAGACAAUUAUAACCAUAAUUGAUCACAUCAAAGACAGCGAAGAAAUUUAUAAUUUAUUAUAUAAUUCAACAGUACAAACGUGCGUUAAAAGAUUUCGAGAAACCAGCAAUCUUCAAGAUUCUCCUGUAAGAAGAGAAUCACAAAGUUUAAGACUCCGAUUCGAAACUCUCAGAUUGGGAAGAUUAAAUGAUGAUUUAUUUAUGUUAGAACAAGUUUUUUCAACUCAGCUAACUAAAACUUUUCUUCUAGACAGAAGAACAUAUAAUGAUACAUUAAAAUUAUUAAUUGCCCGCUUAGUUCAUUUGCGAUCGAUUUCUGAAAAGAACAAUUUUCCCGAGUCGAAGGAAACCAAAUUUCUUGACGAUUAUGGACUUAGUGAGUGGUACUCGGAUUGUGAAUUACAAAUAAUGAACACAAGAGAAACAAAAAUCCAUCAUCACUUUGAUGUGACUUACUUCGAUAUUUUAUCACAACCUAUUGAAAAAAUUGCGAAUUAUGUUCGACAGAAAGAGUUACUAAAGAUUUUGGAAAUAUCUUCUAUGAAAUUCCCCGCAUAUGGAAAAUUUAUCAAAAGAAGCAUCGAAAAGGGCAUAUGCAGAAAAGAAUUAUUUGACGCGUGUAGCAAUUGCUUAUUGAAUGUUAUCGAUACAAAUUAUAAAAUCCAAUUGCCAAGUAUCGUUAUCGAUAAAAUUUUAAAAAACUUGUCUAUUCUUGAUUUAAGAAGAUUUCAACAAGCUGGAAGAUUCAUUAAUAGGAAACCAUUCCAAUCGCGUCCUCACUUUGCCAGAAGAGGAAAAAUCGGAUUCAAAAAAUUCUGAGAUAUAUCAGUGUGUCAUUUUAUUAUUCUACUUUUUAUAAUAUACCAAAAAAACAGUAUUAAACUUGUGUUAAGUGUUCAAUAGUUCAAAAAGUUAAAUUUGAACACAAAAUUGUUUAAAUACGUUUAUGUUACGUUUAUACAUAUUCAUAUUAUUUGAUUUUAUAUACGAAUAAGUAUGACUGAGGUUCAAAAUAAUUGUAAGUUUUCAUUUUUGUAAAGUUUAUAAAACAGAAAAUGAAAAAUAAAAACAA